UGCAGUGGAAAGAUGCACAUUUUCGUCACCUUCAUCGCUGCGCUGGCGCUCUGUUCAGCCACCGUCUUGGCUGGGGAAAACACGGUGAAGGAGAACGGCACAAAGAUUCAAGGGCGCAGCUUUACUCUUAGCGCCAUCAGCGGCAUCGGCAGCUGCCCGCCUUGCCCAUGUGGUUACGGAAGCAUCGGUGUCAGCAAAGUAGGCACAGCACUAGGCAGUGGCACCGUUCUGGGCUCCGGUGCAGGUCUCGAGCACGGCGCGAAAGCUGCUGGUCUAUCAGGGGCAGCUGUUCACACUUCUGGUACUGGUAUUGCUGGUGCAGCUUCGGAUAGCCAUGGGCUCGCAUCCGGUUUGAACGUUGGACACGGAGCGCCGGUUGGAGCGUCUGGUGCAAGUGUUACUCCCGGGACAGAUCCCGUUGCCCCAGGCGCCACCGUCGGGGGUCAAGGUCUAGCCAAUGGCGGAGGCGCCGGCGUGUUGGGUAUUCCCGUUGUUAGCACUUCGGACAUCGGAGCUGGCGUCGGGGCUGGUCAAGCCACAGUAGCUACCGGUCACUCUGGUUUACAAAGUGGUUCGCGAUUCACCAACAAGGCCGGAGGACAUAAAGCCGGCCAAGGAAGCUUCGCCUACAAUGUCGGUGGCUCAGACAGAAGUUUGUACGGCCACAGUAGUUCGUAUGGUGACGCCAAGAGCUUCGGUGUGAGUGCAAGCGAGGGAUCUAGCCGUGCUCGGGGACAAGGAAGCCACGGAAGUGCAUUUAACAAGCAGACCGCGGAAUCCGAGUCGUCCAGCCACAGCUCUGGGACCAAGACUAAGGUUGUCGGUUGAAGAAUUGACUACUGUUUUAUACCUGGGAAGCCAGAAAAAACAAAGCAGAGAAACCCCAUGCAUGGCAUACAAAUAAACGUUUUUAA